GACUGACUGACUGGGCUGAAUGCGCGCCUGUGUCGCGCGCUGCUGGUGGGCUGUGCGCCGUCACGCGCUGAAGGUGCCACGAAAUGAAGCAAACUCAGUCACGGAGGGGAAGAGCAGUGUUCAUGAGGGCGCGGAUGGGAACAUAAGAGGAGGACCUGGAUCUGGAUUAAAAACCGAGUCGAGUGAAAAAUGGCCAAAAACACAUCUCUGUAUUUUCGGAUUGUCGAGGGCAGGAACCUCCCAGCCAAAGACGUGUAAGUAACACCUGAGAGACAUGUGCUGCUGCUGCUGCUGCUGCUGCUGGGCUCAGACACUCAGAUAUCUGCAGAUAUACAGACUCACAUACUGCAUAAAUACUGAUAAUAAGAGGUGACUGAUGAGGCCGACUGGGACAAGAAAACAAAGUUUAAGCUUUCAUUUAAACACCUAUUGAAAAUUUAGAUGAAAAGAAUUGAUGUAGAUAAGUGUUUUUCAUUUAGAUUCACAUUUUUAUUCACCAAAACAACAUGCAGCUAUAGUUGAAAUCAUUAUUCUGGGCUACCAUUUCUCAUAUUUUCACAUAUUUAUCUCUUUUUCAUCUUCAGAUCUGGAACCAGUGAUCCAUACUGCAUUGUAAAAGUUGACAAUGAAGUUGUGGCCAGGUGAGUCCUCUGUCAUUCACUUUAAAACAGUCUGAAACGGCUGAAUGUUUCUGUGUGGGGCUGAUUAUUACUCCUGUUUGACCAGCCUUCAUCAUCAUCAUCACAGCUCAGAUAUUUGCACUGUGUUGGUUUCUGGCUGUGCACAUGUGUAACCUGGGUGGAGUGUGUAUGAUCACCUUAUAGGCGCCCCCUCCAACAGUGAACCUGAUACCGGUCUGGCCUUUAAAACAGCCGCAGGUAACCAUGGAGAGGCUGCAUCAAUUAUCACAGGUAGCUCCUGGUGUUAGCAGGAGCAGAGUGCAUGAGUUCAGAGGUGUCAGAGCGCAAAAAGACAACAGGUUUUCUCCUCUUACAUAAUCAAAUAAAUAUCUGCUGAUUGCAAUAUUACUUUUGCUCCAUAUUACUGCUUUAAUGUAGUUUAAUUUUUUUAAAACAGAGGCAGUUUCUUUAAAAAAUAAAGUUUUGUUGCUGGUUUGAAUUGGGUGGCUAUUGUUCCAUCUGGUAUCAUGUGGGAAAACGGCGCAAUGAUUCACAGUAAACACACACACACACACACACACACACACACACACACACACACACACACACACACACACACACACACACACACACACACACUCAUUAUCUUGUAGUGUUUCUGGCCAACUGACUCCUCCAGAGUGAUGUUCAUGGAUGAUGUGGCUGUUAGAUUGCAGCAGUAAAUAAUGAGUACAGCCAUUAAAAACAGCAGUACAAGGUUCUCAAAUGGUCUAUUACUGGUAUCACAAGUAAAGCUCUUUGCACUUUUAUAUAAAGAAUAUUAACUCUUUAAAAAAAAUGUCUUGAAAUUCAAAUGUAAAGAAUUAAAAUUGUGCUAGAUUUUUACCUCAUCUCGAUUUUGGCCAUAAAAUAUCACAACAACAUUAUAGCACAUUGGUAUGGGGGCCUUUUAAGACUCUCGCGAACAAGAGUAUGUUUUCAUGUGUCUAUGUGUCCAUGUAUCUGUUUUAUUUUUCCUUUUCUUGGUAAUAUAUUGUCUGUUCCUCUUAAUGUUGUGGUGUAUAUCAUGCUAUUGGGACUUCAGCCUGAAAUAAAAUUCGUGUACAUAUAUAUAUAUAUAUAUAUAUAUAUAUGAAUUUCUCUUGUAAAGUUGAAAGUAAAUCAUUACAAUCAGUUAAUUUAUAGGCCAUCAUGGAUUUAUAAUGAUGUUCAAAUGUAUGAUUUUUUCACAUCACUUGUGGCUGAACCAUCACAGAGGAAAUUUAUUUUGACAUUGUUGUUAGAUCUUCUGUUGUUUUAUGCGCUGUUAAAACAGGGCUCUUAUUUUGAAGCAUGAGAGACUUCCGGUAGAUCGUAAAGUUCUGAACUGAAUUAAAACGGUUUUGACAACGUUAAAAAGUGUAAAUAAUUAAUUAAUUAGGAAUCUGAACAGACACAAACUCUAAAGUUGUUUUAGGGUUCAUAAACAAGCAAUAGAUGUCAUUUUUUAAAGUGCUGAAUCAUUUUCAGAGCUAUGUAAGCUAGCUAGCUAACAACCAGAGAGAAGGACCAGUUCAAUAAGCUAACGGUUUUACUGUUAGCUCGUCUGUUUAUCUCGAUAUCCGUCUAUUUUUGUUUAUCUCGAUAUUAUCUGCGUAUUUAAAUUUGUAGAGAAGUGAUCCUUUGUCUUUUAUGAAGUAUUAAAAUAAAGGACUUCCUGUUUGGUGGCUGCAUUAGUCAGUAAAUUGUGAGCUAAUCAAAAAGGAACUCAACAGAAUGUUUCAUUGUAUAAUUCGACCAGCCUUUUCAAAAUAAAACCUUUAGUUAUUUCACAGUAAAAGCCUGGAAAGAAGAUAAAUAUUUUUUUUUUGUAGUAGAUUAAUUUGUCCAAUAUUGUCCCAUGCUUUUAAUCUGUCUUAUGUUUCCUCUGAGGGGAUCCAAACCCUCCUGAGUUUCACACACUACUUCAUUUGUAAGAAAUGUUCCAUAAGAGCUUUUCCUGAGAUUUCUGACUCCUUCUCCCUAAAUGAUGCUCUGUGAUGUGUUUGUAGUGUUUUCAGUGUUGCGUACAUUUCUGUUUCAUAUGUGAAAUGUCUCCUCCAGGACUGCCACUGUCUGGAAGAACCUUAAUCCUUUCUGGGGUGAAGAGUACACGCUGCACCUCCCGAUGGGUUUCCACUCCCUCUCCUUUCACGUCAUGGACGAGGACACGAUCGGGUAACCAACCUGUCUGAAAAUGAUCCCGUUAUAAACCAUAACUGACAGCCUGGCAGCUGAUUUAAAGUCCCCUGAGUCGUGGAUGUUUGCUUUACUUGUCUCUUGCGUUGAUAUAUCUGGGUUGAAAACCUUGUGUACAGUUGAAAAGUUUUGGGAAUUAAAACUCUGAGCUUUGAGUAAACAAACAUGGUCAGGCAGAUGGUCGCCCAGACUGAGUGAUUAAGGGUUGUUUUCCUCUCGUCUUCAUAUGACCACCAGCAAUCUGUCUUCAGUUUCACCUCAUUUAACUCUUUAAAGACCCCACAGUCCUCAUGGUCUUUGAUACACGAUGAAUCUGAGGAUCUUUGUCUCUCUCUGCAGCCAUGACGAUGUUAUCGGGAAGAUAACUCUGACCAAAGAAGCCAUCGGAUCUCAAACUAAAGGUAUGACUAAACAAACUUCACCGGCCUGCUACAGGACCAAAGGUCGAAGGUUAAACACACAUGGCCCCUCAUGACCAAGUCAAAUGUCUGAAUGAUGAGACAUUUCUGUUUUUGGACGAGGACUCUGGGAAAGUUUUUUUUCUUCUUAAAUCUGAGGCACAUUUAACCCUCCAACACAAAACGGUACAUUUUAUUUAUUCAGAUUCUUUAAUUAGAAAUUAGAUUUUCCACCAGUACUCUGAUAAUAUAGUUAUAUAGGGAUAUUUAAUGACCAUAAUAAUGGUGAGGUAAUUAUCUGAUAUCAUCACAGUCCUUAAAAAGGGAGAUUCCACCUGUUUUUUUACCUUAUAACCACACUUAGACGAAACAGUAAAACCUCCUUUUUUUGCAUCUUUAUGAAUAGAAUGAAGAUUACACUGUUGUUAAAACUGUGUCUAAAAGGCGGAAGACUCUCUGGAAUAAUCUAGACCAGAUCUAACAAGUCCAGGUUAAGUGGUUCUGGAUCAGGACUCUGUUCCUCUUACUUUGUCCUUUUCAUCCAAAUCAGAAGCUAACUUUAGGUUUUUCUUUUGGUGGACCUUUUGAUACUUUCUGACUUAUUUAUUUCCUCAUUAUCUCAUUUAUUUGUGCAUAUUUUAAAGCAGCACACUAUGUUCUUGAAAGUCCGUGACCCUGGUCAACACAACACCGAGUGAUCGCAGGAGAGGAAAGAAGAAACACAGAGUCCUAGAAAGUCUGGAGUCAUUUGUUUGGCUUUCAGGGCUGUAAAAUGUUCAGUUUCAUUAUUUAAUAUAAAAGACAUAAUCAGGGGCACAGUGUCAGGUCCAGUGAGAAAAUUCCUGUGAGGGAGUCAGUGACUCAGUGCAUCGUGUAGCCGUGAAUCAGUGGGGUGAAGGCCGCUGUGCCAGGUGGUUCUCAGGAGAGAUGCAUCAGUAUGCAGCCAACACGGCGCGUAAAAACACUCUGAGCGAUUGGAAAAAAACUACAACAACAUCACGACACAACAUGUUUUAAAUGCAAUGUGUCAGGCUUCGACAGUGAAGAGAGAGAGAGAGCUGGAGUUCAGGCUGAGACAAACACGACUGAAACGCCUCUGUACGACACUCAGUCUUUGAUUUACUGCACUUUGGGUUUCACUGAGUAAAUAAAGGUUCAAAUGUAGAAUAAACAGGAGGGCUCUCAUAUUACUGAUGUGGAAAAGUCCACAAACAAACAGGGAUUAGGCUGCAUCAAAUGUUGCAGAGUAAAAAGCAACUUUUCCAUGUGCAAUUUACUGAUUUUUGGAAAUCCUUUAAAGCAUUUACAUCGCUGAUACAUCGCUGUAUUAAUACAUGAGCUGUGGAAAAGCUCCUGUCCUGCUUAUAUGUUGUCAUAGACUAUAAAUCCAACGAACAAAACAGUCUUUUCAAGCGUUUAUAAAACAUUUGUCACAUUAUCAAGAUAUGUCUCUCCCUGCUCUCCUCUCUCCUCCUCCUGCUCCUCUCUUCACCUGUGGCUGUCUAAUAGUACCUGUUGCUCCGUCUGUUGUCUCCAAUCUUUAUGGUUAGUUUCAAAAGGAGGAUCCACAGUACAACAACCAAGAGGGAAAUUUGACAUCCCUCUUUUAGUUCGCUGUUCUUUCUCAAUGGGAAGUUCUGGAGGGGAGAUCUGGUUCUGGCUCUGAAUGUCCAGUAAAAACUGCUCCUGUUUGUGUCGUGGACAGGGUUGGACAGCUGGGUGAACCUGACGAGGGUGGACCCUGACGAGGAGGUCCAGGGAGAGAUCCACCUGAAUCUGCUGCUGCUCAAAGAUGCAGAGAAGAUCAGCCUGAGAUGUCAAGUCAUUGAAGCGAGGUGAGUGACCAAACUCUGAGAUUAAAAGUGCCAAAACACGAGGAGAGGAAGUUAAUCUUGUAUGUCAAUGAGAGUUUAAGGGGUGAAACUGCGGAUGAACUUGAGUGUAGUUUGGCACCAGGCUGAAGUUUGUGUAGCUGCGACCCGACAGUAUCAUCACUAUCAGUGUUCCUGUGCUGAAACGUUAACACCAUCACCCCGCAGGCCUCCACACUCCCCUCCUGACUCACUCGGCCUCCAUCACACCACUCACUGACCCAUCUGUGAGUCCCAUCCCUCUCAGGCACUAAUGAGCAUGUCAAUCAGGGUUUGACGCUGCGUUAGUCAGACAGGCCCCAGUGGAUGAGAAUCCGGCCUGAAAGAAGAAGAAGGUCGAGGGAAACGUCGUUGUUUUAACGUCCGUCUCUGAUUGAAUUUGCAGAACAGGUUACAGGAGCUUGUUUAGCGUUUAAGUGUUUCCAUCACCUUUUAUUGUCUCUGCAGAGAUUUGGCUCCGAGAGACAUUUCUGGAACCUCGGAUCCUUUUGCAAGAGUUAUCUUCAACAACCACAGUGCAGAGACCUCGGUGAGCCUCAUCUGCAUCUUACUGCAUGUGCUGUGUCUUUUAUUUUUAAAGUGACAGAAAAAAACCCAGACUUCUGCUUUUUUCCUCUUCAAUGGUUUAAUCGAAUGACGAAAUAGUUACAGGAAAUGCAAAAAUCUAAAGUUAACAGUCAAUUCCCCUCAAGGAAGAGUCUGCGGUCCAUCAGGGCAAAAAAAAAACGCUCACCACAAGAGCAGCUCCGACCCCUCUUAGCAUGUUGCUAUUGGCAACAAACUGACUCUGAGUCCAAACAAAGAAGUAAAUAGACAAAUGGCUAAAAACUGAACAAAACAGAAUAAAACUAUAGUCUCUCAAACCAAGCGGUUCUUCUGAGCAUGUCAGUGUAUUUUAAUAUGAAUGUAUUUAUGAAGGAGUCAUAACGACCAGGCGUUCAGUGUAGAGAAGAUUGUUUGUUGGGUUUUAGAUCAUCAAGAAGACCCGUUUCCCUCACUGGGGAGAGACCCUGGAGCUGGAGCUGGACCCAGAGGAGCUGAGUGAGGAGGGCAGCAUCACCGUGGAGGUCUGGGACUGGGACAUGGUGGGCAAGAACGACUUUUUGGGGAAGGUGAGGAAGUCUGAGUGAUGAGAUAAUUUCAUUAUUAAUAGAUAUUUAUGCUUUAGUCUCCCUGAAAGAGGAUUUAAACUGAAGCUCAGUGGACUGUCUUCACUCUUGGAUUCCUUGAUAGGUGAAUUUUGCCGACCUAUAUCGUGUCCUUGUUUGUUCUCUCCUUCCUCAGGUGGAAAUCCCUUUUGCGUGUUUGCUUAAAACACCUCUGCUGGAGGGCUGGUUUCGUUUGCUGCCCUUGGGAAACAAUGAGGUUGAUGCGGGGUGAGGAUUAUGGGUGUGCUUGUUUGUACAGUGUGGCGAGUUUGUGUGUUUGUAACUCUGAUACACACGUUUGGCUUUGAACUAUUUGAAGGACAAAAUAAAACCGUAUAUUUAGUGUUUAAGAUGCACUCAAGGAAAUGAUGGUUCCCCUCUCUGCUUUCUGGUUGGCUGCUCUAAAUCAACACAUGCAGGCGUAAAGCAGGUCUGACAGCAUCUGUUGUUUGAGACGAUUAUAGAAAAAAGACGUGAGAGGAUGGUGCCAAAACCUCAGAAGGAGCAAACUAACCGCAGAAGAUCUCAUGAAGAGGCUCCAGAACUUCCUGAGGGUCUGAACUAAGACCACAAAACUUAGGAUUUUAACCUCUAACAGGUUUUCUCAGAGACUAUUGUUUUGCAUGUUUUGCCCUCUUCACUGUUUCAUCCUUUUGAAGAGCAGCUACUUCAGACGAUUUUCAUGCAUUUUCACUGAAAGGUUACCAGAAAGGCCUUUUUUAAUGUUUUAUUUACUCCAGAAUCGUCCAAAGGGCUUUUUUUAGACACUAGAGGACCCCUCCCUGAGUAGACCGCUGUGAUAGCAGAGACCUCUGAACAUUAAGACCCCUCCAUACUUGAUUUUAUGUUAAGUAAGAAAUAAGUAAUAUAAAUAAUAUAAAUAAUAUAAAUAUAAUACAAUAUAUAAACAAUAUAAUAAUAAUAAAUAAAUAAUAAUAAUAAUAUAAUAAAAUAAUAUAAUAAAAUAAAUAACAAAUAUAAUAAAAUAAUAAAUAAAUAAUAUAAUAAUAUAAAUAAUACAAUGGACUGUGACCAGUACAGAUAGUUAGUAAAAUAUUAAAGAGAGAUUAUAAUUUCAAAUUAAAAGAGUUAAUAAUCUCUUUUAACGUUACGCCUGCAGAUAAAAACCUUCAGCUGCAGGAAAUCUAGAGUUCUGUUCGUCCUUCCUGUCUGAAAAACUAAAGAGUCUGAGAGUUUGUGUUUGUUUGAAACAUUCAUCAAUGUUCAUGUUUCAGUCGUAGACGACCGUCUUCGUCCUCUCCUCCCUCAGACACGGUGGAGCGCAGAAAUCUUCUCGUCUUCAUGUGUUUUUUUCUUUCUCUGUUGUCAGCGGGAAGCUGGGGGCUCUGCGCCUGAAGGUCCGGUUGGUGGAGGACCGGAUCCUGCCGUCUGUUUACUAUCAGCCUCUUAUUCACCUGCUGGUGGAGUCCGUCAUCUCCCCCACUGAGGUCAGCGCCUCUGUGUUAAAUGAAGUCCUGCUGUUUUAAUCUCUAUUUUCAUAUGAAGAGUCAUAUGUUUCAGUUUGUCAGAGAUCAGGCAGGAAAACUGCAUGUAUGGAGAGCAAAAGCAGGCGGGAAAAUGGCGUCCCAGCUGCUGUCGGUGAAAAUCUAAAGCAGACAGAUCAUCAAAGUUCAGACCCACUGACUGACGGUUUAUCAGACAGCAGGUUUCAUGAGUUUCAUCGAGGCAUAAAUCAUCAGACGUUUGCGGUUUUGCGGUUUCUGAUACAGACUCUGAGUCUGUAUCAGAUUCAUGAUGUGAGUCUCUCCUCAGGUGGAGGACACCAGCGCUCUGACCAUGCUGGAGGAGGUGACCACGGUGGAGAGCCGGCAGGACGUGGCGAUGACUCUGGUGAAGAUUUACCUGGGUCAGGGCCUGGUGGUGCCGUUUCUGGAUUACCUGAACACCCGGGAGGUCAACCACACCGGUAAGAUCACAGAACCAGAACUGUUUGAGAAUCACUGUUGGUCGCGAUGCGGAAAUGAGAGUUUAGAUGUUCACGUAUCGAAAGAGACGAGUUUAGCAGUUAUUUGGGAACAUGUUUCAGUUUAUAAUCCGCUCACUUUUUAGAUCAUUUCCGGAGUGAUUCAGCUUAUUUGUUUUUCAUGGUUUGAUUGUCAGUUAAAGCUAAAAGAGGAGAUACAAACAGAGGAAAAUUCAGGCAUCCACGAGCUUACACGGCACACGACAUCUGACCUCAUCUGUGAAAUACUGAAUUAUGACCAGGCAAAAUGACAAAUCAUGUGCAUCUUCAGAUAGAAAGAGAUCUCAGUCUGGACCACUUUCAUCUAAAGACUUAGUUUCUGAUACUUGGCGGUACGACCCUGAUCUGAGAGCUCCCUGCCCUUCGCCAUGCUAAUAUGGAGGGGCGGAGCCUGCAGUGAGGAGAGGACGCAGAAAAAGUCAGAGCAGACAUCAGAGAGAUCAGACCCAGCAGAAGAAGGAUGAGGUUCAGGUUCUCAGAGCGUCCUGAGCCUCAUUAGACCCGUUUGUGUUUUCAGUUUUACUUUGUCUUCUCCUGUUAUCUAAUGAGAAAAAGAGAGAAGUGUUAUUGGAGUUGUUUCCCUCACUAAUGUAUGCAAAGCAGCAGCUGUGAUUGUGUAAUCCACAAUGUGCGUAAGAUCUAAGUUUAUCUGGAUUAGUCAGAGUUCUGGACCUGCCUGUACGUCGUCUCCCUCUCCAGAGAGCCGAUCACUGCCUCUAUUUAACUCUGAAUUGACACGGAGGUCUCUGAACAACACAUCCAUGUUCUGUGUGUGGGCAGCUCCAGUCGGCCCACACUAUAUUUACUAACUCGACGCCAAUUAUUUACUCACCCAGCCGUCUUUUUUUGGCUCCUCUCUGGUCUGUGUUAGUCAUCGUUUUUUGCCUCCGCACCACAUCCACAUCGCUAAUUCACACCGAGUUGUGUUUUGGUCUUUGGCUUCUGUUGGUGUAGCUCGAGAUAAUAAGCAUAGUGCCGACGUUUCCAUAGCAACUCCACAUGAUCAGAACGGUAAGCGCUUGAUCAGGAAUAGAUGGUGGCGAGCAGGCAGACAGUGAAGUUGGGCAGAGGGGCAGAGAAAAGGAAAAUGUUCUGGACUCCCGCAGAGCCGCAAAAACCGCCGAGUUCUCCCUGAAAUCCAAAAUCUGAUUCUGAAAGAAAACCGUUUCACCUGUCGACCCGGUCCAGUGUUGUCACCUUGAAAGAUAUAAAGGAUGCAGCUGCUGCAACAACAGGCUGUUUAGUUUUGUUGGUGAAGCAGAUCCAGAUCAAACAGAAUAAAACUGAGACCACACAACGUCUAAACCUCACAGGGGACUUCGUUUAGCUUCAUCUUAUUCAGGAGGAGCUUUUCAUGCAGUCAUUUAACCUUCUGGUGUCACUGUUGGGAGUUUGGGGGAAUUAUAAAUCUUCAUCCUGCGUGUAAAAGUAAAAAGACGAUGAAAUGAGAACCGUACAAAAGUCUCAGGUCAGAUGCAAACGGGAGAUGUAAAAGGGGAGAAAAGCACAAAUUCAAAGAGGACAGCAAGUCUUGGAUGGAGUGAGAAACGGACAGGAUCAGAACUCUGAGACCGGCUUUAAUAGAGACUAAAUAGAAACACAAUAGAGGCAUUUAUUCGAGUCCACGCUGAUGACCGUCUGGACCACAGAAACAGGUUCGUCAUUUUAACACCUGAAACUUGUGCGAGGCGGUCGUGUCAGUUUUAACAAUCUCCUCAUCAAAUAUUCAUAUUGAGUUAUAGAUGCGUCUAGAUUUUUGUUAGUGAGAUUUUUCUGUCACAGCGUAAACAUGUAGAGGACACGAUGAGCGACAAAGUUCUUCACAGGAGCUUUAAAGUCGUCAGGAAUCUGGAGACUGUCAUGAAGUCACAGGUAUAAAGACGUUCAGUCUUUAACAGGGUGAAAAUAUCAAUAAAUGAAGUUCUAUGUGAUCGUUCUUCUCUGCUGAGUCAUUUAUGAUAAUAACAUGUGACGACGAGCUGAGCCUGCUGUUGCUGUUAGGGAUGUAAAUGAGCGCUGUUUGUCUUAAACUGUUGAAAUCCUGCUCAUGUCUCUCUGCUCUGAGGAUCCUAAACUCCAGAGAUGUGAUUCAAAUGUUCAAACUCAGAAUAAAAAUUAAAGAAUAGAGUAAAUAAAUCUCUGAAACUGAAUAGAUAAAUAAAUAAACCGGAUCAUGAAACACUGAACAGAGUAAAAAAGUACCUGAUCAUCUCUCCUCUCCAUUUUCUCCUCCUCUAGCCGAUCCGAACACGUUAUUCCGCUCCAACUCUCUCUCCUCCAAGGCCAUGGAACAAUUCAUGAAGGUGUGUUGGCGUUUCUCACCUUUGUUUGAUCAGAAACGGUUAGCUGCUGAUUCCUCCAUCUUUAUUCUUCGCUCAGUUAUAUUUCAUGUGUUUUCCUGCUGCAUCGAACUCGACGUCUGUCUCUGUGUGUUUGUGUACGAGAGCCCCGCAGCACAGAUGUAAAUGAGCCAUCUUGAACAUAUGCUCCUGUUUGCUGGCAGGCUGUCGGUAUGCUGUAUCUGCACGAGGUGCUGAAGCCCAUCAUCAACCGCAUCUUUGACGAGAAGAAAUACAUCGAGCUGGACCCCUGCAAGAUCGACCUGAACCGCACCAGGUGAGACCAAAGCCCGGACCGUCAAACAGAACCCGGUCGGCCUCACAGGUGUUCACGAGCGUCGGGGGGGCUGGGUCAUAAAUUUCUGAGCUAAAACAGUCAAAUGGAAAAUUGCCUCUGGAGACUUCCUCUACACUUCACUCCGGAGAGGAAGAGGAAGGCAUCAAUGUGAGAAAAUGAAAAAAAAAAGAAAAAAGGCUGUAAAAAGGGGGGAAGGCUGUUGCCAGGCAACUGCUAUGAGCCCCCUGAGAUGUCUAUCUGUGACAUGGAGGGAGAAGCAGGAUCUAACGUGCUCUUUGUCUGCUGUAGAUCUGCCCGACGUCUCUCUUAUUUGUUUUUCCAUCUUUAUAAAUCUGAGCGAACAAGUUUGAAAAUCUGUGUUUGUCUGUUUACCGUCUGUGUGUGUGUGUGUGCACGCGCUCGCACACGUGAGGACGUAAAGAGGACACAGAGGUCAUCCAUCUGCUGUCACUGACACAGCGUCUGACCUGUCCUCCAGAUAAACUCGAUAUUCAUUCAUUCAUUUCUGUCGUCUGUCUUCCUCCCUGAAGGCGGAUCUCGUUCAAAGGUGCGGUGUCGGAGGCGGAGGUGCGGGACAGCAGCGUGGAGAUGCUGCAGAGCUACUUAACCAGCAUCAUUGAAUCAAUUGUUGGCUCGGUCGAUCAGUGUCCUCCCGUUAUGAGAGUGGCCUUCAAACAGCUGCACAAGAGAGUGGAGGAGCAAUUUGCUGAACCUGAGAAUGAGGUCAGACACAAAGACGCCAAAAAAAAAACCACAACACAGUUUCAGAGCGUUUUAAUCGACCUCUUCAGCUUUUUACUUCCUCUUUGCAUCACAGGGUUAUAAGUUUAGUUAUUUAGCUUCUCCUGCCUUUAAAGAAACACCUCGGCUCUUAAACUCAUGAUUUUCUCUCUUACAGGAUGUGAAGUAUCUCGCCAUCAGCGGAUUCUUUUUCCUGCGUUUUUUCGCCCCUGCAAUCCUCACGCCUAAACUCUUCCAGCUGAGAGAUCAACACGCCGAUACUCGCACAAGCCGAACGCUGCUACUAUUAGCCAAGGUACGCACCACAACACAACACAGAGACACACACACACAGACAACACCAUGAAUAAUUUAUCCACGUCCAGACAUCACACUCCAGGGCUAAAAAAACAAAGACGAGGACACAUGCUGCCUGACAGCAGAGAGGAAUCUGAACCAGGAAUACAGCAGACUCUGUUUGGACCGUCAACAUGAGCAGAGGCUGAACUCGCUCUUUCACCUCCUAAAGUCGAUACCUGAUGCUGAUAGGUCAGCAUUAUCUUCCCUAAGAUUACUCCCUGUCAAUAGAACAAGUGUUCGACCUGCAAGUUUAAUUGCUCCACGAUAAACACGGGAAACUAUUUCGAUCAAUAAAUCAAUGAAUCCUCUCAGAAUACAGCGAGCGUCUGGAAUAAAUAAAUAAAUGAUCAUAAAUACACAGUCCAGCUCUGAACAGGCUCCUCCGACAGGUCUGCAGGUUCUGGAUCAGAGGAUCCGUGAGGAGAACAUGUUACGCAGGACGCCAGAAUCAGGACGCCAGAACCACUUUAUUUAUGCACAAUUUAUUGUUAUUUAUUAUUUAUUUAUUUAUUUAUAAUAAUAACAACAACAACAAUAAUAAUAAUAAUAAUAAUAAUAAUAAUAAUAAUAAUAAUAAUAAUUAAUUAUUAUUAUUAUUAUUAAUUAUUGUUUAUUAUUUAUUUAUUUAUUUAUUUAUUAUUAUGAUGAUGAUUAUUAUUAUUAUUAUCAUUGUUGUUAUUAUUAUUAAUUAUUGUUUAUUAUUUUAUAUUAUUAUUAUUAUUAUUAUUAUUAUUAUUAUUGUUGUUGUUGUUGUUAUUAUUAUUUAUGUUUCAGUGAAGGGUGAAGGUACACGAGUUUUUCGUCCCUAAGAGUGGAGCAGGGCUGACAAAGUUCAACUUGACCUUUUACACUAAAGCUGCGUUGAAGGUCACUCGGAGGUCAGAAGUCGGAGCUGAAAAUGGCGUCACACCCGAGUUCCCAACGUUUCAGUUACAAAGUCGGUAAAAAGCGAAAUUGGAGGUGGAAACAAGAUGGCUACAUCUAUGAAAGUUAUUUUAGUGUUUGCCAUGUCCGAAUAUAAGGCAAACGCUAAAAUAACUUUGGUGGAUGUCGCCAUCUUGUUUCUACCUCCGAUUUUGCUUUUUACCGACUUUGUAACUGAAACUCUAGGAACUCGGGUGUGACGCCAUUUUCAGCUCGAACAUCUGACUUCUGAGGAAAAUGGAACGAAGCAUAAGCCCGAAACAAAAACCCUGAUCCCUGAGGAAGAACAUGAACGAACAGAGGAGAGACCCUGAGGAGACCCUGAGGAGACGGUUCGGUUUACUGUGGGGGGGUCAAAGGUUUCUUCAGGUUUCAUUUUAGAGCCUUUCGUGUGUUUUCUAACACGUCAAACCCUGAUCCGUCUCUUAGAUCAGAUCCAUGUUUGUGAUUCAAUCUGAACUUCAGGAUCUCAGACCAGAAGAAAAGUCCGACCUCGGCGUUCUCCGGCUUCUGCAGUCGCUGUCCGCGGUGCUGAAGUGCUGUUGCCAUGGGUCCACUAUAAAGAGAGGGAACAUGCUAUUUUUACCUGUGUGUGUGUGUACACGUGUGUGUGUGUGUGUGUGUGUGCGGUUCAAAGCCCUGCUUCAGAGAGGGCUGCAGAGGGACUUCCUCCUCGCCCUCGCCCAGGUGUGGGCCGGACAAAAGGCCUCACAGCAGGUUUGGCCUCAGGGACCCAUUUGAUCUGGAACUUUGAGAUGUGCGGUCCGUCACACUGAGUUCUGUGGGUUAGUGCAGAUCUGAUGUGCCGGAGGCGUGUGCUGAUGUUGUGUUUUCAUGGUCGCCAGGCGUUGCAGAGCGUCGGGAACCUGGGUCUUCAGCUGGGCCACGGGAAGGAGCAGUGGAUGGCGCCUCUUCAUCCCAUCAUCCUGCGCAGCGUGUCGUCCGUCAAAGACUUCCUGGACAAGCUGAUCGACAUCGAUCACGACAUCGGUGAGGCUGACACGAGUGAACACACCGCCAAACAUGUAAUCAAGUAAAGAAAGGAGGUGGAGCCCAUCCCCCACAGACCAGCUGCUGGACACAUUAGGAUUAGAUGAAACAAUACAGCAGCACAGACGGGGUUAAAAAAUUAAUAACCAGCUGGAGGCCCAGAAAAGAGAUGACACGCUAAAUGAGCUGGCGGGGAGCUGGAGUGAAAAACCACAAGCCAGCAGUGGUUAGGCAGCAUGUCUUGGCGUUGGCUGUUGUUGUGAAACAUCUUCCCCCUCUGAUGUCUCAUGUUUCCUUCUGCAUCACGCCCCCUCUCUUUGACAUUUAACACUCUCUGUCUCUGUCUGUGUGGAUCUGGGGGGACAGACGUGGACGUUCGCAGGCGUCUGUGAACCUGAACAGAGCUGCUGUUAAUGACCGAGUCCUGAAAUGAAGACUUGAACCUCACUUCACUAAUAAAUCUGACUCUUUGUAGAUUCUUGCAGCGCCACCUUGUGUCUGUCUUCAUAACUGGUUUCUCUUCUUCUUCUCCUCUCCCUGCUGCAGUGUCUGAGGUUCCUCAGAGAGCGGUCUUCAUGCCCUCGGUCACCGUUAAAGAAGGAUAUCUGCACAAACACAAAGCUGAGGGACCGCAGCUGCUGUCCCGCUUCGCCUUUAAGAAACGCUACUUCUGGUUGACCAGUGAGACGCUGUCCUACGCCAAGACCGCGGACUGGCAGGUUGGUGCUGAACAGGUGGGUCACAGCUUCUUAUUACAUAUAAAUACAUUUAUAAAAGUAUUUAUUUAUUUAUAUAUUAGAGGUCUGUAUUUUUAUAUAAAACUAAACUAAACGACAGCAGCUCUCAGCCUUGAUUCGUUCACCUGGUUUAAAGUCUUUUCGGCAAAUUUACUCGAUGUUCCAACUUGAAGUGAGUCUGUUUAAGUAGAAAAGCUCAAAUCUGUCGUGUAAAUCGUGUCUUUAGAAAAUGUUUCUUGUGAAUCAAUGAAAACACGGAUUAAUUAACCCUUAAAAGACCUAAACCAACGUCUCUGUACACCCAAACAUUUUGGACAUCUUGGACCAUUCGAUUUGGGCCCAAGAACUUUUUUUCAGGAUCUGAAGCUCCAGACUCGAUAAUUCAGACUCGGCGCGGACGCAGGGUGAUAAUCCUGUCAGGUCUCCAGGAUAAAUGUGUAUUUCUGCUCCUCGGGGCCUAAAGUAGACACGGUGUAAACUUUGAAUCAAAGUCAUGUGAAAGUGACUCAUCCAUUAUGAGGCGCUGAUACGCCCGCUGAUGAUGAAUUACUCUCCGUGUCUAUUCUUUGAAGGGCACUCGUCAGCUCGGCUCAUAAAAAGAGGAAACCUUCUAGUCAUCCCCAGUCCUCGCUCCGGUCUAUUUGUGUUGAUCUCCUUGUGAGAACAUCAUUAGUGUGAUUACCAUGCGGUGCCUAACCUCGUCAUAAUGAUCUCCUCUCAUUCACCAGCCGCAGACUGAGAGAGGGAGAGAGAGAGAGAGGGAGAGCACGAGAGGGGGAGCCGUGGUCUUUCUCUCCCCAGCGCGGUAAAAAGCUCCUCUUUGAGUCGGUCCGGUCUUUGUGUGAGCGGAAUAAAAGCGAGGGCUAAUUGAAGGCUGUGGAUAUUCAUGCUAACAUUGUAAAUCAGCGCGCAGACAAUGUCCUGGCCCCUUUCCUCCAUGUUGGAGCACUCCAGUCUCAGUGAGGCGAGGUCCCGUUGGAAGAGGCUGAUUUACACUUUAAAGUGGCCUUUGCUGCCGUGCUGAUCUCAUCUUCAUUUCCUCCUCGUCUCAUGUGUGCAAAAUAUUUCACUAUCAGACGCCGCUCCCUUCAUUCGCUCUGUGAUCUGGUGUCACUUUAAUUUCACUUUCGCUCCUCUGAGAACCACCUGAAGCUGCAGCAGGAUCCUCAUCAGCAGCCCGUGCACACACACUCACUCACUCACUCACUCACUCACUCACUCACUCACUCACCCGUGUUCACUGGAGAUGUGGUUUUGUGGCUGUGAUAUUGCAGGUGCGCUCCUCCAUCCCCAUUCAGUGUGUGUGUGCGGUGGAGAGGGUGGAUGAAAACGCCUUCCAGCAGCCCAACGUGAUGCAGGUCAUCACCCAGGACAACGACGGACAGCUGCUCACCAUGUACAUCCAGUGUAAGGUGUGUUUGUACCGACAGGCAUCAGUGGAGUUUAUCAAACAGAGUUAUGAAACAAAGACUGACUGUGGAUUAUCAUAAAAAAAAACUAUUAUUUUAAAGGGGACCUGCCAUAAAAAUGUAAUUUUUGGGGUUUUUUGUGUCAGAUAAGGUCCAUAUUGUGUUCGUCUUAUGUUGUACAUGUGAAAACAAACCGUUACGUCGUUUGCAUUCUGUAAAGGUUUAAAAUCAAGGAACGAGUAAACCAGGCCAAUAGAAAAAGCCCGUCGGUGUUACGUUGCGCCGACCUUGCUCAUUAUUAUUCACGAGCGCGUCCUCGGUGAGCCGCGCCCACUCUCUCGUUCUCGUACUCAGUCACAGCCAGAGCGAGACCCAGCUACCACUGUAUCCGCUAUGGGUCUCUUCCAAACGACCGGUGUUUCCUUCGGUUCACUGCCGGGAAAAUUAACUUAAAGCUGGGCAGAAUGAAUGAGAAAACACCGCUGGAGAUCUCCGGCUUCUUCCUCAACUUCCACCUCCUCUUUGGACUCGGGGUCUAAAAUAUAUGGUUUAAUACCUGCCGUUUUUAGCCUUUAGCAUAAGGUGACCAGACGUCCCCGAUUUCCGGGGACAGUCCCCGGAUUGGAUGACCUGUCCCCGGCAAAAGCUGUCCCCGAAAAUGUCCCCGAUUUAAGCGUUUCAUGAAUGAGAGCAAAUAUGUUGCGUGUGGGCUCGAACAACGGUUAUUACAGUAGCCGAAUUUAGUUAGCAGUCCUGAACAACAGUUCUUACGGGGGUUAUUACAAGGGGCAUGCGCUGCUACUAAAUAGUACAGAGAUUUUGUCUGUGAUCACACAGCCCCUGCAGCCCCUGCACCACCGCCGCCGCAUCAAAUAUCCCCGGAUAUCAUUACAGACGUCUGGGCACCUUACUUUAGCACACAUUAGCAUAUGCUAUUAGCAUUAGCAUAAUAACAGUGGAUAAACCGAAAUCCGAACCUCCACUGCUGAGCCAAUCAGAGCACAGCAGGCUUCACAGCAGCGAUCCAAUCAGAGCAAAGCUCAUUACCAUAAAUGUUAAUGAGCCAAAACCAGUUGGUUUUCCUGUAAGGUUUUUUAGGCAUACUAAAACAAACCAUCAAAUAACUUUUCAGCUAAAAUUAUGUUGCAAACAUGAUCAGAGGACAUCAAGGAUUAUGAAAAAUUGAUAAAAAUGGGGAUGAAAUUUUGGUGGCAGGUCCCCUUUAACUUUUUUUAGACCUUUACCCCGCUGAGUGUUUCCAUCAGGUAUAAAACAAAUCAAUAACACACACUUCACUCAGAGGCCUCUGGAAUAUCACCGAAAAUGUCCCUUUAAGGAGCCACUGAUACUUAUAUUUACUGUGUUUGUGUCUGAACAGAAUGUGAACGAGCUGAAUCAGUGGCUCUCAGCCAUCAGGAAAGUCAGUAUCUACAACGAGCGCAUGCUGCCCUCUUUCCACCCCGGAGCUCAUCGCAGCGGCAAGUGGACCUGCUGCCUCCAAGCAGACCGAGCCGGUAAUCCUGCCAAACCUCCAGGAAGAGGCUGAAGCAGCUGUUUUUAUUCCGGGGUGCUUCUUCUUGUCUUAUAUAACAAAUGCAGAUCAGGUGCAGAACAAAACUAUACAACCUAUUCACAAAGCUUUAAAAAGCUGCUCCCAGUGAGAAACUAAAAAAAAAAAUCAGUUUUCUAAGAACUCCUCAAAAGGUUCAGACUGGAUCUUUGUGAAGUUUAACAAUAAGAGAGUGAGGAGAUGAAGGAAAGAUGGUUAAAUUGGAGGAAUAAACUCUCUGAUCUGUUCUCACAUAAACAAAAUAAUUCUUCUAAAACCUCGAGAAUCUCAGAUAUUCUCAGAUUUUUGUCCCGAGGAGCAACACUUUGUGAUUACGGCCACAGAAAAAGUGAAAAGUGUUCAGAGAGCAUAACCAGCUUCAGUCUUACGUUUCCCUCACGUUAUCUCAGCUGAGUCGUGUAAAAGUGAGUGAGCUCCAGCUGAUCCAUAUUUAAUGACGAAAACCCUGGAUUUGUAGCUGCCAUGUUUUUGUUGCUCCAGUGAAGAUUGAGCUCCGAGGAUCAUAAUUUGAUUUUCUCUGACCGGUUACUUUUUAUUGUCACUUCGACUCACUGCUCUGAAGAUGUGCAGGUUUAUAUUUGAUGUGGUGCGCCGCUGUUGAAUCAGAGUCUGUCUCUCAGUCACAGGCUGCAGCCGGACUCACUCCGCCGUGACUCUGGGGGACUGGAGCGACCCGCUGGAUCCUGAUGUAGAGACACAAACCAUCUACAAGCAGCUCCUCCAGGGCAGAGACAAACUCAGGUGGGUGGAAACACUGUGUGAACGUCUCCAGCCUGGGUGCAGUUCACUAAGUGGACACUGGAGGUCACUGUUGUAACACAGGACUGCACUCACCUGCUGCUGCUGCUGCUGCACAAUGACGCCACACUCACGGUUUUUCUCAGACGUUUGGGCGAAUUUGUGGAAACAGUCUCAACUUUCUCUAAACUGUAAUUAUCACUCAAAUUCAAUAAUACAUUAUAAUAUAUUAUUAUAUUUAGUUUGUUCAGAAUCUGUUUUUUUUUCUGUCUGGUUAUCGGUCGGUGUCACUAAAAUGAGAAGUUAGUAUGAAACUGUUUGAGCUGCUCAAAAUGUAAAAUGUAUAUCAUGAUUAUAAUGAAGAUAAAAUGACUUUCUUGUGAAAAAACAAAACCAAACAAACAUCCUUAAAAAAAACCUCUGCACUUCUUCAUAAUGUUGAACCUUUUGUCAUUUCAGUGCUGAACCAAAGAGAACGAUCUAACCCAUUUCAGAGUAAAACCCUGACGACAGAGAGAGCAGCUUUUGGACAGUGAUUAUGUUUCUAAUAUGAUUGAUUUUGCAGGAAAAAGUAUCUCGAGGUGCCAGACGCCGGUCAGACAUCCAGCAACAAAGAAAAGAUCACCUCUGACAUGAGACCAGGUGAGGCGGCUCAGAAACAUCUUUCUUUUCUUAAAGGAGUUUUCAGGUGAUGAAUUUCUACAGUAUGAAGCAGGACUGACACUGUGGCCGUUCAGCCACCAUGGGACCAAAGUAAGACAUGUUCCCAGUGACUGCUGACCUCUGUCACAGAUUCUGUUUGUGGUCUUCGUGGUCCAGAUCUGCAGUUUCAGCUGAGGCACAGGGGCCUCAGAAUCUCAUCUCUGUCUUUUGGUUUCUGAUGUGGUUUUGUUGGUUUCUUUGGGCUCCGACCUCAGGCACUGGUUUACAGCUGAGUGUGAAGUGACUGGGAUGGGAAACCAGGUCCACACUGAUUAAAAAAAGCCCAUUUUCAUUUCCUUUCACAGUGGUUAGGAUCUUUCUGCUGUUUUUGUUUAUUCUAACUGAUCGCAAAAAGAUUUCUUUCUCUACCAGGGAGGGUUUUUUUGUAUUUAUGAUCGUAUUUUCACUCUCAGUUUUGAUGCAUUUUCUGUCCCACAGGUGGUGCAAAGUCCAGCGUUCAGCAUAUGAAGUCGGGUCAGAGUGUUGCUGUUCGGCUGUUAACGGUAAUAGACGAUCUGGAGCAGGCUCACGCCACUUUUCAGCGCAGAGAGAAAGAGGACUCCACCAGUGUCAUCCUGAAUCCCUAAACUCCACAGAGACACAGACUGGGACCCACUGACACUCAGCAUCUUGUACCGACAUGAGAGUGAACAUCAGAUGUUCACUCUCUUGAUUGUCAGGGACUAAAAAGUGUCCGCAGGGUGAAACCUCCUCCAGCCUUUUAGUCCAUGUCCCCGCUGUACAGAGCAGAGGGAGUUCUGCCACUUUGAGUCUUUUUGUAUCCGAUGAGUGCCACCGACUUCUGCAGCGCCAGAGAAAUUAUCAUACUUGACGAUAAAGGGGGUCGGGAGACUUUCAAGCAUGAUUUGAUUUUUUUUUAAACUAGAUAACAAGCAAUCCCUUUGCAUGGCCUGAACCCACUUGUUGUGAAAUGUUAAAAGAAGCUUUUAUAUUUUGAAAUAUUGUACAGGACCUCGGUCGCACAUUUUUAUGCAAAAAGCUUAAGUCGUAGUGUUAUCUACAGUAUCUGAAUGUAAGGUGUUUUGAUAUUGCUUUUAUGGAGGUUUUGUAUUUUAAUAAGGCAUUUUAUCACAAUGUAACGGUGACGUUAGUGUUGUAGGUCAAACUAACAUAAGUUUAUGAGAAGCUGGUGCACACGCCACGCUGACACGCUGCCUGUACAGUGAGCAAAAUGUGUUAAUUUUAUUGUUGCGUUGGUCCCUUUAUACUGAACAAUGUGCUUUUGUUUUGGUGCUAUGGCCAGUCAACUUAAUUCCAAUGUUAUAUACUAAUAUUAAUAUUAAACUGUUAUUUUAUUUGAAGCAUAACUGAGGUCCUAAAGGUAAUAUUUAACAAUAAAAAACACGUGACCCACUAUGAAUCAGAUUUAAAUAAAGAAAAGACAACACUCCUGCAGAUACAACACAAUAUCUAGAGUUAGGAUGUGUAUAAGAUGCCAAAUUACUUCCAUAAUUUUAAUUUUAGGAAACUUUAUUUAGGACACAAAAGCUGUACAUCGAUAUUAGGGCUGUCACAGUAAACCAAUAUAGACGAUAACCGUCUUCAAAGUAAAAUAAAUAAAAAAAUAACACUAAUAAAAAUCGGUUAACUACAACACCCGGAGUUCAUAGAAGAGGCUACAGCUAGCUAACGAGCUAGCUUUAGCAUCCCUCUGAGGGAGAUGAUUCAGCACUUUCACAAACGGAUAUUUACAGAUUUAUUGUGAAUCCAAGAACAACGUUAACGCUUAUGUCUCUUCAGGUUACGGAUCAGUUUAACGUUUUCUACUUUCUAUCGUUAUUUUAAUUAUUUUGAAAUUUAGUUCGCUAACUUUAGUAUCCGCCAGACGAUGUGAUUUCAAAAUAAAAGCAUGACAAAGACUCGUUUUCUGAAUUAGUCACAAAUUUGACUAUCAGUAUAAAUGGGAUAUAAUUUGUGACCUAACUGUGUUUUAAUGAUAAAGUGUAAUGAAGCAAAUAUGUCGGUCCAUUCACAUUUUAACUGAUUCCCCCCAAGUUUUCCAUUUUAAAAUUUAAUGGCAGCUAUGAUCAUAAGGGUAAAUUUUAAAAUUGUGACAGCCCUAACGGACAUGUGUUAAAAUAAUUUCUUGGUCAUCAUCUUGUACAGGUGCUAAUUUUAGUGGAUCAUAUAUUCUCCUUUGAUUUAACACUUUUGUACACAUGCCAGACAUCAAAACAUGACGCUACAUUAAAAACAGCUUUAUUCCUCCAUGUUUGG